AUGGAUUCAAGGAAUCCUUCGAAUCCAUAUAGUGACUCCCCUAGUUAUAGCCAUCUUCUCCACAGUCAAAACUUCCAGUAUGGAAGUUAUCCUGCGAGUCAAAACUUUGGAGGAGGAUCGGAGAUACCUCCUUUUAGUUCACAAGCACCAGAGGCUCCAGCUCAACGUGAAAACCCAUCAGUUGCCUCUAAGGAGAGAAGGCAAUGGACUCCAGCUGAUGAUGAGGUUGUAAUAAGUGUGUGGCUCAACACAUCUAAGGAUGUUGUAGUUGGAAAUGAACAAAAAUCUGGGACGUUCUGGAAACGUGUAGCGGAGUAUUAUGCAUCUAGCCCACAUGCGAAAGCGAGUGGUGAACCUAGAGAGUGGCUCAAUCUUAAGCAGAGGUGGCAAAAGAUUAAUGACUACACCAACAAAUUCUGUGGUGCUUACGCGGCUGCAGAGAGACACAUCAGUUCUGGUCAGAGCGAGACUGAUGUCCUCAAGGCGGCUUAUGAUAUUUACUUUGCUAAUCAUCAAAGGAAAUUCAAUCUGGAGCAUGCGUGGUGUUUGUUAAGCGCCACUGUUGGUGAUCAAGAGGUGCGUCCAGAGGGUAGCAAGGCUGCUAAAGCUAGAAAUAAUAACACUCAAGGACUAAAAUCCAUUGAUGAGAUUAAAACCGUAAUGGAGUUGAAGAAGGAUGAUCUCAUGAGGAAGGAGAAUUUGUCGAAGCUUGCUAUUCUAGACACACUCCUAACUAAGCCAGGAACACUAAGUGAGGCUGAGGAAGUUGUGAAGAACAAGCUGCUCGCUCAGUUUUUCUGA